AUGUCCACUGGUAAGAAUCGGAAAGAGAAUAAGACAGCAAGGACUAAGGGGAUGGCAGGGAAGGAGAUCCAGGGGGUGUGCAAGGAUGAACAAGCACGACAACAGGUGGGUGAUCAAACACCGAAGGUGGGUCGGCCAAAGGCAUAUCAACAGGGCUCGCAAGCAGGUGAGAAACAAGCUCGUUCUCUUGGGGCAAAGGCUGUUUAUUCGUCGCAGGGGAAGGAAGUUGAUUCUUCUAUUAUGGAUUAG